AUGACAAUGAUUGAAGAUAUUGGUAUUAAAGCAAGAGAGCCAAUCGCUCCUCAAACUACAAAAUUGAUGAUGGUUAUGCGUGAUAUUGGUGCUAAGAAAGAUCAUGAUGAUCAUGACACUGAUACUUCUGACGACGACCAUGAUAAUCAUAAAAAGCAAUCAAAGUCUACAAGAACUAAGAAAACCCAUAGUAGCAAAACUAAGACACACACACAGUCAAGGGCCACAAGAGUCCAUAGCCACGAGUCUGAUGAUAGUGACACUGACGAUGAUGAUGAUCAUCACAAAAAACAUCCAACAUCUUCAAAAACUAAAAAGAGUGGAAAAUCUAAAACCCACUCCCAUCAAUCGAGAACUACAAGGGUUCAUGACCACGAGUCCGAUCAUAGUGAUGAUAGUGAUGAUUCCGAUGACGAACGUGAUCAUGACAGAAAACACACACGUAGCAGAACAAAUGAACACCAUAAUGAUCAAUUGAGACCUAAAAUUGCACCUACAUUAACUACUAAAACAAUUGCUGCUAGAGACUUGGGGGGAAUGGGCAUCCCGGAAAUAACAUCUGUUUCUGAAUCAGAAAUGAAUGAUGUAGCAAUGGCUGUUACACCUUUGACUCAAAGACCAUGUAUUAGUAAUGUGGGAGUCAAUUCCUCAUCUUCCAAACCCGUGACUUGUAUUGCUGGUGGUAUUUUGGGCUUAAUGGUUAUCGUUUUAAUUACUUACAAGUUGAUUUCCCGGUACCGUUCACGUAGAGAAAACAAGCUCGAGGAGACUGUUUAUUAUGUUGGUUUACCUACCGAGACAACAGAAAUGGAGGAAUCAAGAGGAGCAAAGUUGAGCCCCAACAAUGAUGAAAAGAUAUGA